UUACAAAUGUUUACCAUCAUCUUAUUGCUAUAUACGCUGCGUGAUCAUCUCUGAGCUACACUAAGAAGAUAACGCAAACCGGAAUGUCACCGGUACGGACCAUCUAAGGGUAAAAGACUUCUGCUCAUUCUUUCCCGCCUUUGAUUGCGCCAUGAACAAAGCAUACACGACGCGAGUUCAAGCCGGUUCUAGGUUUCACCCACAGAAAAGGACCCGUUCUAUUUAGAAAGUUUCGAACAUCGUUACACCCACAAAUGUUCAGUUAAAAAAAAACAAUAAGAUGGGAUACUUUUUAAAAUCUGAGCCUCUUCCAAAUAGAAAUCACAGUACAAGUGCUGUUUCAUGCUUUGCCAUAGUUGUUCGAAGUUAUCACGGUCUGUCAGCCUGAGAGAAAAAUUGUUAAACACGUAGAGAUGGCAACUGACAAACCGAAAAAGUGUGAUUCUGCCACAAAAAUGUCAACCGAUUAAUCAAUCGAAGUAUUCACCCAUUUGCUUAGAUCAUUCUAUCAGACUUACUAUGCUGUUACAGGUUAGCAGGAUAAACUAGUUCGUAGAGGCGUCUGUUACGAUCUAUUUCGCGCCGACCACAUUCUAUCGAUGCGUUCCCUUUCUCUCCUUCUCUCUCUCUUUCUUACGUUAUUCCGUGAGACCAGAGCACAAUCACGACUCUGCUGGAAUCACAUGUGUCAAGGUCAGUCGUUUAUCAGUCAUCUGAUUUAGUGGCGCAGUAUUGUUUUCACUGUUGUGUCAAUACAAAAUUCCGCAGUUUUUUUUCGAGCGGUUUUAUGACGAGAUUCUGGUCCCGCCCUGGGUUCAGUUGCCGACAUAAUCAGCAUGCGAGUGAAUAUCCUAUUCUCUCUCAUUAUAUAUUCGAUGAAGCCGCAUUAACUAGAUCGGUAGAUGCCUUUGCGGUGCCAUUUAACUACUACCUAGUAGCUGUUCUGAUGAAGAGUAGGGACUAUUUGAGUUGCGGUUCUUGUGUUGAUACUUGCUGCUGCUCUCAGCGGAAUAUUUUCGGUUUAGAGCAAGAAAACAGCGCUCGAUAAGCGUUUCGUCUAGCAGCUCGUAUCGGCUGUACGUUUGUCGGUGUGCAUGACGGCUGAAAUCGGCUGCCUCUGUCGACAGGUUACGAGAGUCGUACGUGUCUACGUUCUGUUCUCGCUAUCAGCGCGUUUUUGUGUCCUGUGAUUGCGGUGACGAUGAUGCAAACUGCAGCUGGCGCCGUUAACGUUUACGGCGUUAACAUUUACACCGCUGACGCUACAGACAUCGAGUAAGAGCUAUCCGCCCUCUUACCUUUGAGCGCGGGCAAUGCUAGAAGGCCGGCCCCGGUGGGCACUGGUAUCAUGAAUAGACCGAAUGCGCAGCGGAUUACUAUGACAAAUACACGUAGUCAGUACUGCCAUUGUUACUGUCCCUGACGUUAUAGAUUUCGCUGCCGAUGCGGUUGUUGUAAUCAGCUAAAGAGAAACAGCGGCCACUAUUCGGACAGACGCGCAAACGCGAGGUGUGAACCGUAUACCGUCACUCACUGAAAAAAGUUAGUUAUUCGGUGCUAAUUGACCACAAACCACAGCCAAUGCGAGUACUUGUUCUAGCAGCCUCCGGUACGGUGGUGAUACAUACCUAUUAUAAACGGUUUAUCGUGUGGUAAACAAAUACUAUGCGGCAAUUAUAUUCGAACAAUGGCGAGAGCCUGGGUGAUUCUUAUUUUGCAGGCAUAAAUGCUUUAUCAAAACAGAGCUUGCUUUAUUUGUCAGCCAAAAGUGAGCCAGGAAUUGACAUGUUGUUUAGGCGUACUACAAUACAGCGCACGACUGCGUUGAUGUACGCCAUAAUAUAUUGAAGGGCGUACAUUGCCUUAGCUGAUAAAGGCUAUUUAACCGUUACGGUAAAUUCCCGAUUAGUUAAGCCUGUUGCGAUUGGCUACAUUUAGUUCACCCAACCACAUACUGGUCGCUAGCGCUGUUGUCGUCUUUGAGUAUCGACGUCAAAUGGUACAGAAAGCAGCAUCGUGGAGAGGAAACGGGACCGCGAAUUAUCGUAGAGCGCGUCACGCCGUUAUAGGAUUGUUUGUAGUUGUUAUUGCUGCAGUAAUUGCUUGGUACUAGUAAUGGUGACUGGCCACGAACAUCUGAACAGUAUUUUAUGAACUCUAGUGAAACUACUCGAAUUUCGAUUCAAGACGAAAGUUCAAUGGACAGAUUCCGGGAGGCAAAGAGCGAAACGUACAACCGUAUCAAACAUUGUAGCGCAAGAAAAGGUGUUGCAAGUGCAGAAGUGGUCCAAAAAAACCGCAAAGAAAACAUGGAAUUUCCCAAUACCAUUGAAGGAUUCGGCUAUAGGUUUAACGAUCGGGGGCAGCUGAGGAACAUCCAAACAGGCAAGCCAUUCGAAUUUGCCGUGACAAACGACCACCAGAUCAAUCAAAUGCGCUACGAAGCUCUCGGGAGUGUAGUUGAUGAGUACGUUUACGGCUUGCUGAUAAAAGAAGGCCUUGAACGCGUGGAGGUUCCAGUUGACGGCAAGCCCAGUGGCGAAGGACACACAACCUUUAUUUUCCAAUCGCGAGACGCGUUAACAAACCCCAACAAAUUGCUCUUGGUCAUUCACGGCUCAGGAAUGGUUCGAGCCGGACAGUGGGCCAGAAGGCUAAUCAUUAACGACAGCAUUGAAAAAGGCACCCAGUUAGGUUAUAUACGGCGUGCCAUGGCUCUUGGCUAUGGGGUUAUUGUUUUAAACCCGAACGACAAUAAACGAAACGGUGUUCCAGUUCGCGGAAGUGAAACUCCUGAGAAGCAUGUGCUGCACAUUUGGGACUGUGUCGUUACGCGGGCAGCUGCGAAACAUAUUGCUGUUGUGGCUCAUUCAUAUGGUGGAGUGCUCACAAUGCACUUACUCACAGAAAGGCCGGAUUCGCUAAAUAGGACAAUUGCCGUCGCCUUGACGGACUCGGUGCAUUUUCCGCUUCCACCUUCGCUACUCGAGGACGUACGUCAUUUCGCCAAAAACUGGCAACGUAAUUCGAAGCCUUUAGAUACUCCGCUUCAGCACUCACCGCAAGACGUUGCCGCUGUAUCAGCUGGAACAGAGGAACAUUCGCUCACAUCAUGGAUGGCGUUCGCGUCUGUAUUUGAUUUUCUUGAAGAAAUGUACAUGAAAACGAUCGCAAUUGAGAGCACUUAGAUUAGUCAUCUUUUACGAGCCAAGCGAAUAACUAUAUGAUGGAUAUUUUUUGAUAAAUAUAAAUGUACGUGAAUGUCGCGAAUUGAGCGCCUUGCUUGAACUAUUAAGAAGUAAUGGCAAAAUUAGCCAUGAAACGCCCAAUUAGCUUUUUUCUGUUUCUGUGCGGAUGAUCUCGUCAAAACGACAAUUCACAGAAAAAUCCUUGGCUUAAAAAAAUGAUUACGCCAAGAUAUUUAAUAAAGAGCAAUCAUGUGAAUGUGAACAGGAGCUAAGCAAAAGCUUUUCAAGUUAUCUUAAAUGAUACGAGUCCCAGUUGGUUGUUUUUUGCCGAAUAUUAUAAGUUAAAAAUAUUGUAUAAGCAAAUAGUCAGUUGAAAAGAAUGUGCGUGCGCAGUAAUUAAAGCACAGCUAUUCGAAGAAGCCAUCAGUCGUUGUCGUGUUAGAGCCCUGAAGAGUUAGUAAGUACGCUGGAACGUAAAAGCCGAACUUUAUAACAUUAUCUUUUAAAAGUCUUUCAAAUAUUUUAAAGUCGUUUUAAAAACGACUACAGAUGGUGUCGAGCUUGCGGCGGCCCAUUUGUAGGUUAAUUCAGCUUUGCAACAUUAGUUUUAAUAAUAAUAAUACUGCCCUUCCUACUUACGUAGGAGUGCAUUCGGCUAACUGGUGAUGAAUCGACUCAUUAAAAUCGUGACUACUAUGACAUAUGUCGCAUUCUUUGAUUUUCCUUAUCGAAAAAAACGAUGUAUAUGAUUGUUGGAAAAUUGGAGUCUUCAAGAUCUCCGUUCACCUGUCAGUUGAACAAAAAUAACGUGCAUUACAGUAUUGUAUAUGAAAGACACACGUUCGUACUCUUCUGCGCACUACAGGUUAUGUCUCAAGUCUCGUGUGUGAGCUUUCAGCGAUAAUAUUUACCAAGAGCCAGGAGCUCAGUUUUGCUUUGGGCUAACCCUUUCAUGGCCUGAAUGUAUUUCAAAUGAAAGGUAUCUACCUAAGUAACUUGGGGGAAGAGAUGAUUUGUAUAUUGUCUUGCGCUUUCAACUAUUUAACUUGUGAUCGAGCAAAUAUAACAUAGGGUAUAUUCUAGCAUUAUGGCAUUUUACUACAAUACAAUUUUGAUAGAGUACAUCCAUUUAAUAACGCAGUUUGUCCGUCAUUGACCCAUCGGGCAAGUGUCACGGAGAACUGCAAAAUUGUAUCUGGCCCUCGAUCAAAAAAAUUAAAAAGAUUAACUAAUAAAUUACUUGUGAUAGAAUCGUAAGAAUCACUGGAAAUAUUUUUCUCGCCAAAUUAAUUUGUAGUCGAAUACGUUUAAAGGAGAGCUUCUUAUAUGACUAUGAAACAACGCGAAAGAUUUAUUUUCGUCAGCAUAGGAUUUUUACUCUUUACUAUUGAGUCUAGAUAAUGCCUUUUACAUUUUCGUUUGUUAAUCCACGAAAUUGAGUUCACAAGACGAAAU